GCCGCCUGGAAAGGGAUGCGGAGAAGCCGCGUCCCGGUCCUCCCCUCCGGAAAGCCGAGCCCAGGACUCGGCGCGGUCGGAACGUCCGGCUGAAAAUGCGUAUCUCAAAUGCAAGCCCGACUUAGCAGGAAGCUUUGGACUGCCUUGCCCUGUCCCUGAAAUUGGAUCAUGAAGGUGCUGGGGAAAAGCCACCUCUGGAUGUGGCUCCCAUUCCUUCACCUGCUGGCCAGCGGCGCGGAGCACGAAGAGGUGGUGAGACACGCCAUCGAGUUGCGCCGGGGCCAAGGGGCGGCCGUCGCCCAGAGGAGACAGUGGGUCCUGGACGGUUGCAGAAAGCUCUCCGGGCUUCUUCGCCAAAAGGCUGUGGUUCUUAACAAACUGAAAAGCGCAGUCAGAGCAGUGGAAAAAGACGCCAGCCUUUCGGACGAAGAGAAGCUGUUUCAGGUGCACAUGUUUGAAAUUUUCCAGAAAGAGCUGAAUGAAAGUGAAAACUCAGUCUUCCAGGCCAUCCAUGGACUCCAGAGAGCCCUGCAGGGCGACUACAGGGACGUGGUCAACGUGAAGGAGAGCAGCAGGCAGCGCCUGGAGGCCCUGCGGAAGGCAGCCAUCAAGGAAGAGACAGAAUACGUGGAACUUCUGGCAGCAGAGAAACAUCAGGUUGAAGCUCUUAAAAACAUGCAGCAUCGGAACAAAAGUUUAUCCCUCCUGGAUGAAAUUCUUGAGGACGUGAGGAAGGCAGCAGACCGUCUGGAGAAGGAGACAGAGGAGCGCGCUUUCGAUGACAAUAAGUCAGUCAGAGGGGUCAACUUUGAGGCAGUUCUACGGGUGGAAGAGGAAGAGGCCAGUUCCAAGCAGAACCUCACGAAACGGGAGGUGGAGGAGGACCUGGGCCUGAGCAUGCUCAUCGACUCGCAGAAUAACCAGUACAUCCUGACCAAGCCCAGGGACGCCACCAUCCCGCGGGCAGACCCCCACCUCAUAAAGGACAUCGUCACCAUAGGGAUGUUGUCCUUACCGUGUGGCUGGCUCUGCACGAUGAUAGGACUGCCGACCAUGUUUGGUUACAUCAUCUGCGGCGUGCUUCUGGGGCCCUCCGGACUCAACAGUAUUAAGUCAGUCGUGCAGGUGGAGACAUUAGGAGAAUUUGGCGUGUUCUUUACUCUCUUCCUCGUUGGCUUAGAAUUUUCCCCAGAGAAGCUGAGAAAGGUGUGGAAGAUCUCCCUGCAGGGGCCCUGCUACAUGACCCUGCUCAUGGUGGCCUUCGGCUUGGUCUGGGGCCACCUUCUACAGAUCAGACCCACCCAGAGCGUCUUUAUCUCUGCCUGCCUGUCCUUGUCGAGCACACCCCUGGUGUCCAAGUUCCUUGUGGGCAGCACCCGCAGUGACAAGGAAGGCGACAUUGACUACGGUGCGGUGCUGCUGGGGAUGCUGGUGACGCAGGACGUGCAGCUGGGACUGGUCAUCGCUGUCCUGCCCACGUUCAUCCAGGCGGGAGCCGGCGCGCACGCCAGGCAUCUCCCUCUCUUUCCCAGUGUCGCCAUGGAGAUCCUGCGGGUCCUGGGCCUGGUCGGGCAGGUCGUCUUCUCGCUUGCUGCGGUUCUCCUCUUCUGUCUUGUCGUGAGGACCUACCUCGUGGGACCGUACUGCCGGAAGCUGCACGCGGAGAGCAAGGGGAACAAGGAGAUCCUCAUCCUGGGAAUCUCCGCUUUCAUCUUCCUCAUGCUGACGUUGCGUUGCCUGCGAGUGUCUCGUAAUCUUGGGAGAAGACUAAGGUCUGCUUUUGCGCAAAGCUGUUCACGUCACCGAGCUCCUGGACGUGUCCAUGGAGCUGGGCUGCUUCCUGGCCGGAGCCCUGGUGUCCUCCCAGGGUCACGUGGUCGCCGAGGAGGUCGUUUCCUACGUGGAGCCCGUCCGCGACUUCCUGGCCAUCGUGUUCUUCGCGUCCAUAGGCCUUCACGUGUUCCCCACCUUCGUGCUGUACGAGCUCACCGUCCUGCUGGUCCUCACGCUCUCGGUGGUGGCCAUGAAGUUCGUCCUGGCAGCCCUGGUCCUGUCUCUGCUGCUGCCCAAGACCAGCCAGUACGUCAAGUGGAUCGUGGCCGCGGGGCUGGCCCAGGUCAGCGAGUUCUCUCUGGUCCUGGGGAGCCGGGCGCGCAGAGCACGUGUCAUCUCUCGGGAGGUGUACCUCCUCAUCCUGAGUGUGACCACGCUCAGCCUCCUCCUGGCCCCGCUGCUUUGGCGAGCGGCCGUCGCCAGGUGUGCGCCCCGUCCCGAGAGAAGGUCCAGCCUCUGAGGACCGCGGCCAGGCGACUGGCCGGAGCUGUCACCGCAUUCCCGGACCUCAGAGUCUCCCGGAGCCCGCCUCUGCGUGCAGUGAUUAUGCACCAUGUACAUGUAACUCUGCGAUUUACAAAUCGCCUUGACUCUUUUGCCUGGAUGUGCCUUUUCUUCAGAAAUUAUGUUAACUUUCUAUUGUUAUUUCAUCAGUUCAUGUUUUUUUGGUAAAGAAAAAACUAGGAGGCUUUUUAAUUUAUUGUACAACUUGUAAACCGUUGGUUGAUAUUUGUUAUUAAACGUUUCUGUGACGUGAGCUUUUAAUUCUCACAAUGUGUUUGGAAAGUUACUUUUAAUCCUUAAAGUCUCUGUUUUCUAAGAUGAGACAAGUUCUUCUAAAUGUCUUUUGCUUUUUAUUACAAUUUUAAACAACACUUUCAUGUCAGUUUUUAUCAGGUAAAUCAUUCUU